CACCCGGAAGAGAGGGGCCCGGCGGCGAUGGGGGACGGGGACGGGGCCGGUACCGGGGGCGAGCGGCGGGUCCGGAUCGUGGUGGAGUAUUGCGAGCCCUGCGGCUUCGAGCCCACGUACCAGGAGCUGGCGAGCGCCGUGCGGGAGGAGUACCCGGACAUCGAGAUCGAGUCCCGCUUGGGGGGCACCGGUGCCUUCGAGAUCGAGAUCAACGGGCAGCUCGUGUUCUCCAAGCUGGAGAACGGCGGCUUCCCCUACGAGAAGGACCUCAUCGAAGCGAUCCGCAGGGCGAGGAAUGGGGAGCCCCUGGAGAAAAUCACCUCCAGCCGCCCCCCCUGCACCCUCCUGUAGCCCCACGGCCUCCGAGCCCCCCC